ACAAAUGGAUAAGUUUUUGAUAGGAUAUAAGCGAAAAUCCACUAAUAAUGAACAUUCUGAUGUUGGCACAAGUAGUGGGAAUACAAGCCACAAGGAACAGGAAGAAAGAACUCCCAAAACAAGGAAAGGCGACUUAUCUUAUUUAUCGUUCGGAUUUACUAAUAUUAUUAACGAUAAUGUGGAAAAACCAAUGUGUUUCUUGUGUUCAAUAGUUUUGGCUGCUGAUAGCAUGAGACCCGGCCAAUUGAAACGGCACCUUGAAACUAUUCAUUCUGAAUACGUUGCAUCAUACCUAGUGUCGUACAGAAUCGCGCAAUGUAAAAAAUCCCACACAAUGGCAGAAAACUUAGUUUUGCCAGCAGCUAUUGAUAUGGUCAAAACAAUGUUUGGCCAAUCUUAUGCGAAUCAGCUGCGACAAAUACCGGUUGCUGAUAUUACAAUUGGCAGAAGAAUUGAUGAUAUAUCUGAAGAUCUUUGUGACCAAUUAGUUUCUCGAAUGCGUUUUUCAAAAUUCGCCGCACAAGAAGAUGAAGCUACUGAUGUAGCUAAAGACGCACAUUUAAUUGCAUAUGUUCGAUAUGUUGACGAUACCAAUAUAACUGAAGAUAUUUUACAAACCAAUUCCUGA